CGUCUUAUGAGUUCUCUUGCAUGGUCGCGUGUUUGAGGGUUCAGGCAGCAGCUAUGCUCCCCCGUUUGUUUGAUUAAACCAGUAGUAAUGCGUUGUGCGAUGCACGUAGGCUGCCGCUUGUCGUCCUAAUUCCUGCGCUAAAGCGUCGAGUGUGCCACUUCCUGCCAUGGCUUUCGUCCGUGCUUUGACACGAGCUGCGUCUGAAGCUGGUCGAAUUGCGAGAGCUGCUCGCCUGAUCCCUCCACCACAAAGGGAACUGAAUCAAAUCGCUCGUCAAGAAUCCUAUCUGCCUGCGACGUGUCUCCGCAAAGUCGCAGUGGAGCGCUUGCCGGCAACCUCUGCUGUGGAUCGAAGCGUAGUAUACGUACCUCCAGGCAUAAAAAGUCCCAUAAAUCUCCCAACUCUGCGGAGGUCCUGGGAUUACAAUCUUCCAUCCCUCGUGAAGCCGACCACAGUAAUCGGGGACAGUAAGGUGAUAGCACCGUCGACGGACACAAACUCCAAUGGAAUAGAGAAAACAGAUCCGAAACCAACGGGCGUUGUUAAUGAGAAGCGGGCCGUGAACAUGUUGAUUAUUCGCCGUAAAAAGAUGAAGAAACACAAGCUACGGAAACUGCGCAAGCGGAUGCACGCCCUGUGGUCAAAGCGGAGGUAUCGAAUUGAGAAGGAUAAAGAGCAAGCCUUCAGGGCAGAACUUUUAGCCCAGAUACACGAAGCGAGGGCGUUCGAUGCUGAGAAGUUUGUGAUGGGAGUGCUGGAUAAGUUGCGCAAUAGACCAAGGCCGGAGACACCUGAAGAAAGAAGGGAAAAGCUCCUUGAGCUGAUGCGUAAACACAGGAGCAAUGUUCAGUAUAUCAAGCCAAAGUUUGAUUAAGUACAUGAUAGGAAUUGUUUGUUGUACUUUUCUCAAUAAAACUAGAACUGUGCUUGUUA